GCUAGAGCCGAUCUAUAUCUGAAGUCCUGUUUUAUUGUUCGAUCUCGUGUUCGGCUCGUGGAAACCACUCGCUCUACUCAUUGUCUCGUUUCGUGGUCUCUCUUAAGAUGGCGAAGAACUACCCAGUUGUGAGCGAGGACUACAAGCAGGCGGUUGAGAAAUGCAAGAGAAAGCUCAGAGGCUUGAUCGCUGAGAAGGGUUGUGCUCCUUUAAUGCUCCGUCUCGCGUGGCACUCCGCUGGAACAUUCGAUUGCGGCUCAAAGACAGGGGGUCCCUUCGGUACCAUGAGGUUCUCUGCCGAGCAAGCUCAUGGUGCCAACAACGGUAUCGUCAUUGCCCUUAGGUUGUUGGAUCCCAUCAAGGAGCAGUUCCCUACCAUCUCUCAUGCCGAUUUUCAUCAGCUUGCUGGUGUUGUCGCUGUUGAGGUUACGGGCGGUCCUGAAGUACCAUUCCACCCUGGCAGAGAGGACAAGCCCGAGCCACCUCCUGAGGGUCGUCUUCCGGACGCAACCAAGGGAUGUGACCACUUGAGGGAUGUCUUUGUCAAGCAGAUGGGUCUGUCAGACAAGGACAUUGUUGCACUUUCCGGUGGCCACACCCUGGGAAGGUGCCACAAGGACAGGUCUGGGUUCGAGGGUCCAUGGACUGCUAACCCUCUCAUCUUCGACAACUCCUACUUCAAGGAACUUGUGAGUGGAGAGAAGGAAGGGCUUCUUCAGCUUCCCUCGGACAAGGCUCUUCUGUCCGACACCGUCUUCCGUCCUCUCGUCGAGAAAUAUGCUGCCGACGAGGACGCAUUCUUUGGUGAUUACGCAGAGGCACACUUGAAGCUCUCUGAGCUCGGGUUCGCCGACGCUUGAAGAGGAUCUAUCGCUGUCCUUUCUCUCUCCUUCCGGAUUUUUCAGCCGUUUACUUUGUUAUCAACAGGCAUUGCUUCGACUCCCUGAUGAAUAAAAACGUCUUCUCAUUGGUUAAAGCUCUCCCUCUCGCCUUUUCAAAAAGACUGAGCGAUCAAACGUAGUUAGUUAGAGUGCUACCCACCAUUCGCCUUCCCGGCUGAUGCGCCGCGUGACGUUGUAAAAACAAAAAUAUUUCCCAAAAUGCUAUUUUACGCAAGAAAAAUGACCCUGUUGAUGAUGUUAUUGUUUAGACAGUGGCUGGUGACACAGGGCUUCCCAA